AUGACAACUCAACAAUGGCUGAUCACAGGCGCCUCCUCGGGUCUAGGAGUUAUAAUGGCCGAACUCGCCCUCAAAGAAGGCCAUAAAGUGAUUUGCACAGCUCGCGAUCCCACAAAAGCAAAAGAACAACACCCCCACAUCGAGAAGCUGGGCGGAACCUGGAUCCAGCUCGACGUCACAUCCAAAGAAACCACCAAGAAAGUGGAAGAUGCGGUCCGUGAAGUGAACGGCCAAAUUGACGUGAUAGUCAAUAACGCGGGGUACUCGCUACUCGGCAGCAUCGAGGAUAUGAGUGAGACGGAGAUCGAGAAUCAAUUCAACACAAACCUCUACGGACCCGUACGGGUAUUAAAGGGCGCUUUACCAUUCAUGCGAGCCCAGAAAAGCGGUACAGUAGUGAAUAUCAGCAGCAGUGCAGGAAUAGACGGAGUGCCUACAUGUGCGAUGUAUGCGGGUUCAAAAUUCGCGUUAGAAGGUAUGUCCGAAAGUCUGUCAAAAGAGCUAGCACCGUUCGGGAUCCGCGUGCUUCUAGUUGAGCCUGGAUCGCUCCGUACCCCAUUCUGGACAUCGUUCGUCUCGCCCGCCGCGGGAAUGAACAAGGACUAUGCCGGUACGCCAUUGGAAGAUGUCCUGAAGAAGUUUGGAUCUAAGGAGAGCAAUCACCCGGGAGAUCCUUUUAAAACGGCCCAGAGGAUUGUGGAAGUUGUGACAGGCACUGGCAUGGGUGUUGGGAAGGAGAAUUUGUUUCGAUUACCGCUUGGUUCGGACUGUUAUCGGCGCUUUCAGGCGAAAAUCGAUGGGAUGCAGCAGAAUUUGAAGGAAGCUGAGGAGAUUUCACACUCGACCGGGUAUCAGUAG